GACCGCUGCCGGGGCUACUUCGACGUGAUGGGCCAGUUCGACGCAGCCUUCAAUUGCAACACAAGUAUUUACCAGUACUGCUGUGGGACAUGCGGUUACAGAUACUGCUGCCAGUUCAAGGAGUCCAGGCUGGACCAAAGCAUCUGCUCCAACUAUGACACCCCGAACUGGGCCAACGUGGGCAAACCGCCCCAGAGACCCGAUGAGACGGCUUUUGAUCACACCCGGGAUAAAACAAACUUAAUCGUUUAUUUCAUUUGCGGCGUGGUGGCCGUCAUGGUUCUGGUCGGUAUCUUCACCAAACUUGGGCUGGAGAAAUCGCAGAGGCCUCAGCGGGAGCUGAACGUGUCCAGGGCUCUGACUGAUGUUCUGAAACAGCAGGGUCAGUCUACCAGCAAUCACGUGGAAAGAGAUGGGAAGGUUGCGAUUCACGUGCAACAUGAAACCAUGCAACCGACAAGCUCAAGGAACAACUUUGACCAGACACAGAUGAACAAUGCAGGCCCAACCUAUCCCCUGAUCCCUCAGAUGGCCCAACCUCAUUCCUAUCCUACCCUGGGGCAAGGUUCGCAUUCGUUUGAGCAGCAGAUCCCAGGCAAGGAGUUGAAUAAAUAUGCCUCGCUAAAGUUAGUGGCUGAAAAGGCAAACGAUGACUUCUUUGCCAAGCGCCAGCAUUUUGCCGAACUGGCAGCGAAAGGGACCCUACCGCUGCAGCCGGUGCAGAUGCCGAUGGACCACGAGGAUCCUGCUCAUGGCUCGGACACCUACAACCCCAAGCUCACUGGGCAGAGGAACAAAAUGACCAAGAUGCACACACAUCCACUGGUCUUCGAUGCAGACUACAAAACCUGGGACACAAACGACACGACCAUCCGGCGGCAAGCCUACGCCAACAGGAGGCCCUGCACCGUGGGCCCCCUGGCUGAGAAAGCCAGCCCCCAGCCACAGCAUUACUUGGCACAGCAGCCGUACUUUGUAACCAACAGCAAAACAGAAGUGACAGUGUGA